CUCCCGUCGCGCUUUCUCAGGACGGUCCAAUUUUUGCGAUGCGUCGGAUCUCAGAGUCACAACGGGCGAUGUUGCCCCUGCCCAAGCCGCUCAAGCCUGUUUAGCUCAAGCCGCUCUGGCUGAGGCCAUUCGCUACACAAGUGCGGUAACCCAUGGGCGUUCCUUGCGCCAUGGUUCGCAGUCUGAUUCAAUGCCUGCUGACUGUGCUCUUGCUUUUUGCAGAUCAUGCGAGCGCCGUGCGUCAUGGAGGCCGCACUGCUUACCGAUCUGCGCUGCGCGGCAAGCACGUCUCGAGGACACUCGUGUCGAAUACCACGGACGGCAAGGUUUUCUGGCGCUCCACGGUCUGCGUGAAUGGCCAGUGCAACACGACCGAAUCGACGAUAGCUCCUGAUCAGCUCAGGGAGACGUCGGGCUUGGACGGGGAGCUCGACCGUGUUGACAACAUGUUCGGCAGCGAUUUCGCCCGCACGGAUGGCAUAUUCGGUGAACUCUUUCCCGUUGUGGACGAUUUCUUUGGCAGCCCGUUUGACGGUUUCCUUGGCAGCAGGUCACCCCGCUCGGACGACAUCUCUGGCAGUCCUUUCAGCCAGAUGCUUGAUGAUGCGGCGAUGCCUCUGCUGACGGGCAACUUGUCGGCCGAUGGAGCCAGGAUGGGCAAGAUCAAUGCCACCUCGACCUCUUCCACCAUCGAGCAGAUCCUCGGAGAGGACGGCCAGGUUCAUUACACGAUGACGACUUGCAGCAAUGGUGAGUGCAAAACCGUCGCAGGCGAAGGUCGUCCCGACGAGCAGGCAGUGAGCGAGCUUCGGGCGAAGCCAUCAGAUGUUUAGUUGGGCCAUGUGCGCUUUAGGUGGGCCGCGUUCUCACGCAAAGACCAUAACAGACCGAGAUAACGCUUACUUGCAGAGCCUGGGGGAAAGAA